UCCCUAGCAACUUACAACAUAGUAACCCAGCACUGACUGCAGUUCAACUACAGAUUAGUUUAAUUUGGCUUGCUAGUCCAAUUUUAACGAUUUCUGUAAUAUUUAAUUAGGAGUUUUUGUGUGACUUAGCAACAACAAAUCUAAGUUUCAUUAAUAUCCGGCGCAUUUGCUCUCCUGCUAAUGCGAACUUGUUCCCAAUUGCUAGCAUGACCUAACUUAAGUUAGCGUUAGCGUUAGCAUAAAACCGACGCUAGCUGCCUUUGAAAAGGUUAAUAGAGAGUGCCAUUCGCCAUUAAUGCUUGGCUAGCUCUAAUAAACCGAGGAUUUAGAGUGUUUGGGUGAGAAAUGUCUAGCUGUCGCAACGUUUUCCAGCGGGCCAGCCAGCUGUGGUCCAUGUUGAAUGGUCUUUGCCAGUGGGACCCAGAUGCCUACCGAAGCUUCGUUGAGAAACAGAUGAAAUCCGGAAUGGAGUACAACACGCCGCCUCGACUGGAGUCGUGUAUAAGCACAGACAUGUUGGAACCGCAAGGCCUGCUGUACAUCAACAUAUGCAGCUGGAAGCGUGUGCCAGGACCCCAGGACCCCAGCAAGCCAUUACCUGUGUAUGCUGGAAGCCUGGAAGCGGACACAAAGGAAGGUGGUCCCACUGUGGUGGACAUAGCAUUUAACCCUGAAGUGCUACAGAAAUGUAAGAAAAACAAGGCAGAGAUGACCCAGGUUUACAUGCUGGCUCAAAGCUUCGCCCAGCGUCACUAUGGGAUCCAGCUGGCUUCGUCGUACAUGAUAGUUAGCUCUUCCCCCAGAAAUAGCCCAGAGGACUUGCAUCGCCGCCUUGGCUUCCAGCAGCAGCGGGUGAACCCAGUCACGCAGUCAGACACAGCCAGUCCGAGCCCGGACUCCCUGCUUCAGCAGAUCACCUCUCUGCGCUUGGACAAAGAAAACACAGAGCUGCCAGCUGAUAUUGUCCGUCGGCCCGUGGUGCGCAAAAAGGGUUUGAUCGAGGUAAUCUCCUCGACCACGUUCAAGCAGCCUGAGAAGCCCGAGCACAGGCUGGAGGUGAAGGCUGACGCCGAGGGAUUUCCCUGCAAGCUGGAGCUGACUGUGGAGCUGCCCAAGAUCAGCUCCAUGUCCGAGUGGCAGCUCAAGAUGUCCAAGGAUGACGUCUUGUUGGAGGUGGAGGACGUCUACCUUUUGCUUCUGGACUUCCCAAAAGCUGUCAAUGAAAGCAGCGCGGUGGCCAUCUUUAACAAGACGAAUCGAAGGCUUACUGUGACAGCUGAUAUUUUGUGACGUGUCUUGUGUGCUGCCAGCCAUUGUUACUGACAUCACUAAUGAGGAACGGACUGAAGAAACUUGUCCAACUGAAAAUAAAGUAAAAUACUGAAAAAGCACAGAGCAAACUCCUCAGACUGGCAAAGAAAAAGCAAGAAAUGAAUGGUUGUAUAGACCACAGCUCCCCAAACACUGGUUUAUGUUGUUUUGUUUCAUUGUUUUUCUUUGAGCGUUUAUUCCCACUUUGAUCAGUGUCCUUGAAUGCAGCAUAGUUGUUAUGUCAGGUUAGUUUGAGCGAUGCAUAAUCUCAAGUUAAUUCAUGCUAGCACACUGCCUGGCACCUAUUGUCUGUAUUCACUUUGCGCUCUUUAUUCAAUGUUGUUUUAAGCUACUUUUCUGAUUGUGUUCAAUGCAGUGACAGGCUUUCAUUGUGAUGGACGGAAGUGUUGUCUUGAAUAGGGGUGUCCAUAAUGGGGCUCUUAGCUGUUUUGUUUUUUUUUUUAUUAUUGGCCCGCAGCAAAUUCUAAAAAUAUAAUUUAACAAGGGGAAAAAAAAAAAUCUAAAAAUCUGUAACUUUACAAGAAUAAAGUCAAAAUAUUACGAGAAAAUAAAUUGUAAUCUAACAAGAAAAAGUAAUUUUACAAGAAUAAUGUAAUAUGAGGGAAAAUAACAUUUUCAUAAAACUUGAAAAAAAAAUAUUAAAGUUGUAAUAUUAUGAAAAACAAACAGUUGUCAUUUUUGGGAGGGAUAUUAGAUUGCAGAAAAAGUUAUAAUACAAAAAUAAAGUCAAAAUAUUAUGACAAAAAAGUCCUAAUUAUGAGAAGAACUUACAAGAAGAACAAUAAAAUAGAAGCAGAAAUGGAAAGAACAGCUGUAAUUUUACAAGAGUAAAGUCAAAAUAUUAAGACAAAAUUCUAUUUUAAUGAGAAAAAAAGUUGCAAUUUUGCGAGAAUAAA